AUGAAGCUCUCGUCUACGUUGGCUAUAGCUGCACUGGCUGCGCAGGCUGCUGGUGCUGCUUUGACGAGCUCUGUUGCAGAAAUAUGUGCGUGGUUCAGCCGUUUGAUUGUCACCUGGGAUGAACACUCCCUUUUCAUCAAUGGUGAGAGGUUGAUGGUGUUCAGCGGUGAAGUCCAUCCCUUCCGUCUCCCCGUUGCAUCUCUGUGGAUUGAUAUCCUUCAGAAGAUCAAAGCUCUCGGCUUCAAUGGUGUCUCAAUCUAUAUCGACUGGGCUCUUCUAGAGGGUAAACCAGGUCACUACCGUGCGGAUGGAAUCUUCGAUCUCGAGCCAUUCUUCGCGGCUGCCAAGGAGGCUGGUAUCUACCUUCUUGCACGACCUGGGCCUUACAUUAAUGCGGAGGCUUCUGGUGGAGGCUUUCCCGGUUGGCUGCAGCGAGUAAAUGGCACCCUACGAACUAGUGACGAGGCCUACUUGAAGGCUACCGAUAAUUACGUUUCAAACAUUGCUGCCACCAUUGCCAAAGCCCAGAUCACGGAGGGAGGACCAGUCAUUCUCUACCAGCCCGAGAAUGAAUACUCUGGCGCUUGCUGCGGAGUGGACAACUUCCCCGAUGCUCCUUACAUGCAAUAUGUUGAGGAUCAGGCCCACAAGGCCGGAAUUGUGGUUCCUUUGAUUAGCAAUGAUGCCUAUGCUGGUGGUCACAAUGCCCCUGGAACUGGUGAAGGUGAGGUCGACAUCUACGGACAUGACAGUUAUCCCCUAGGAUUCGAUUGUGCCAAUCCGAGCGUGUGGCCUGACAAUGCUCUGCCUACCAACUUCCGCGAGUCUCAUCUGGAACAAAGCCCUUCGACCCCGUACUCUCUAGUUGAGUUCCAAGGCGGUGCCUUCGAUCCCUGGGGAGGUAACGGCUUCGAUGCCUGCGCCGCGCUUGUCAAUCACGAAUUCGAGAGAGUAUUUUACAAGAAUGACUUUAGCUUCGGUGUUGCUUUCCUGAAUCUUUAUAUGACAUUCGGCGGUACUAACUGGGGUAACUUGGGUCACCCCGGUGGAUACACAUCCUAUGAUUAUGGCUCCCCCAUCUCCGAGUCCCGCAAUGUGACGCGUGAAAAGUAUAGCGAAUUGAAGCUUCUCGGAAACUUCGCCAAGGUUUCUCCAUCGUACUUGGUUGCGACCCCCGGCAAUGCCACAAAUGCUACCUAUACGAACACCGCCGACCUCACUGUCACGCCAUUGCUCGGAAGUAACAGCACUGCAUCGUCUUUCUUCGUGGUUCGACAUGCAAACUACUCUUCCCCCAGCUCCGUUGACUACAAGCUCAAGGUUCCCACCAGUGCUGGAGACCUGACUAUUCCCCAACUUGGGGGUAGCCUGACGCUGAGCGGUCGCGAUUCGAAGAUCCACGUUGUGGACUACGAUGUUGCUGGUACGAACAUUUUAUACUCAACUGCUGAAGUUUUCACAUGGAAGAAGUUCGGCAAUGAGAAGGUUCUUGUGUUGUAUGGUGGCCCUGGCGAGCACCACGAGCUUGCGGUCUCCGGUAAGACUUCGGCUUCGGUUGUUGAGGGCUCGUCGUCAGGUAUCACCACCAAGAAGAAGGGCAAUGCCGUCGUCAUUGGCUGGGAUGUAUCUUCCACCCGCCGGAUUGUCGAGGUUGGCGAGCUAAAGAUCCUACUCCUCGGUAUACCGAAACUCUGCCUACAACUACUGGGUUCCUCAGCUUCCUGCAUCAGGCAAGGCCCCGGAUACAGCACCCAGAAGAACACUGCCUCAUCUAUUAUCGUCAAAGCUGGCUAUCUCGUACGAACCGCCUACCUUGAUGGAAGUGAUCUCCACAUCACGGCCGAUUUCAAUGCUACCACCCCAAUUGAGGUGAUCGGCGCCCCAUCAAAGGCCAAGAACCUGGUGAUCAACGGCGAGAAGUCCCACGUCAAGGUCGAUAAGAAUGGCAUCUGGACUACCAGCGUGAAGUACUCUGUGCCCAACAUCAAGCUCCCUACUCUGAAGAGCCUGAAGUGGAAGUCUAUCGAUACCCUCCCGGAAGUCAAGAACACUUACGACGAUUCUACCUGGACUUCUGCCGACCACGCCUAUACCAACAACAGUGCCAAUCCUCUCAAGACUCCCAAGUCUCUAUACUCUUCCGACUACGGCUUCCACACAGGAGCACUCAUUUACCGUGGACACUUUGUCGCCAACGGCAAUGAGAAGGACAUAUUCCUGCACACGCAAGGAGGAUCGGCAUCUGGGAGCUCGGUGUGGAUUAAUGAGACAUACGUAGGCUCCGCAGUUGGAAUCGACGCAGCCUCAGAUUCCAAUGCUACCUACACUCUGCCAAACCUCAAGUCAGGUAAAUCCUACGUAAUCACCGUGGUCAUCGACAACAUGGGCCUAGACGAGAACUGGACCGUCGGCCAAGAAGGAAUGAAAAACCCUCGUGGAAUUCUCGCCUACGGCCUCGACGGCCACUCCGCCAGCGCAAUCACCUGGAAGUUGACUGGCAACCUGGGCGGCGAGGAUUACCAGGAUACCGUGCGAGGCCCGUUGAACGAGGGUGGUCUCUACGCCGAGCGCCAGGGCUUCCACCAGCCUCAGCCGCCUACCCAGAAAUGGAGUUCUGGCAGUCCGUUCACUGGUCUGUCGAAGCCUGGUAUUCAAUUCUACAGUACAAGCUUUGAUCUGGAUCUGCCUAAGGGUUGGGAUGUUCCGCUGUAUUUCAACUUCGGAAACAAUACCACACCCCCGGCUGCUUAUCGGGCUCAGCUGUAUGUUAAUGGAUACCAGUAUGGCAAGUAUGUCAACAAUAUUGGCCCGCAGACCAGUUUCCCCGUUCCUGAGGGUAUUCUGAACUACCGUGGUACCAACUGGCUGGCGUUGAGCCUGUGGGCACAGGAGGAGGAUGGUGCGAAACUUGAAUCUUUUGAAUUGGUUCAUACUACUCCUGUUCUUACUUCUUUGGGUGAGAUCGAGUCUGUGGAUCAGCCUAAGUAUCAUUCUCGUCGUGGCGCUUAUUAG